CUUUCCCCUUCUCUUUCUCUCCCCUCCCCGUUGCAGGCAGUGUGGAAUCCUGGCUGUGUUUAAUUGGCGAGUGGCAGGCAGGCUCGAGAGGGAGAGAGAGAGAGCAAGAGAGAGAGAGAGAGAGAGAGAAACCAGGAGUGUGGGAGAUCUGAGGGAGCGUUCGGGACUCAUAUGGAGAGGCAACGUCUUUACGAGCCGCAACUCUCUGAGACUUUCUGAGAGGGAGGCAGAACGAGCGAGAGAGGGAAGGAUAGAGAGAGAGGGAGGGAUAUAGUAAGAGAGGAAGAGAAAAAAAAGAGAGAGAGAUAAACUGUGACAGAGCGACAUGGAAUGGUUUAGAUUUUGGGAGGGGGGGAGUUGACUCCAAGAAUUUGUACGUACUGCGAAGACAGGCAAGGAGUGAGGUUACGUAGAAAGGUACAGAAAGGUAAAGAGAGAGAUCGAGACUUUGAGAGAGGGAUCUAGAGAGAGAGAGGAACGGAGAGAGAGAGAGAAAAGGAGGUAAGAAGAAGGUAAAGAGAGAUGAGGCAAAGUAAGGGGAGAGAGACAAAGUGCAGCAAAGUGAGGGAUAUAGGUACAGGAAAGCCUGCAGCAGAGUGAGGGAAGAAGUGGAGGGGGGUGGGUGAGAGAAAAAAGGGAGGGAGGGAGAAAGGGAAGAGAGGGAGAGAAAGAGAGAAAGAGAGAGAGAGAGAGGGAGAGAGAGAGAGGCCCAUCACCAGAGAGAGUGCAACUUGCUCGCUGCAUACGGGAAGUGAGAGAAGUUGUGGAGAGGGGCAGAGAGAGAGAGAGAGGGAGAAAAGAGGGAAAACAAGGGGAGGUUAGAAAAAGAACCAGGAGGAAGGAAGGGGGAGGUGAGCAGGCUUGAGCAGGAGAGAGAGGGAAAGAGAGAGAGGGAGAAAGAGAGAGAGAAAGAUUGAGUGAAGUUGCAAAAGUAAGAAAGUGCAAACAAACAGAAAAGUCAGAAGCCAGAGAGAAACAGUAUGUGAAAAAGGAAAGAGGGAAGGUAGAGAGAAAAAAAGAGAGUAAGAAAAGGAGGAGUGCAAGAAAGAGAAACUACGCAGAUGAGAAAAACAGCCUUAGUGAAUGGCCCGGGUGGGGAGGAGAGAGAGGGGAGGAAACCAGUUGUUUUGUAAGUCGUCGGCCUGGGCGGCUUCUGGACUCCUGCUGGUAUGCAUUUGGGAAAGGCGGCAACAGGACAACGCGUCCUCCAUCCAGCCCAGGACUACUGCCGCCUCUGCUCGCUCCAGGGACCAGCCCUCUCCCAUGGGCAAGAGCCCAUGGAUGGGCCAUGCCUGUCUCCAGCGGACAGUCUAAGCCCUGUCCAGUGGCGGGACUUGGGGGACUUGCCUGUGCCCUUUCCUUCAGAGGUCCGAAUGCCGGAGGACAGCAUGGGGUACCCUGACCUUUGCAUACCUCAGAGAAGGCACUUUUACCUGGGACCAAGCCACUACCAUGUGCCUGAGAGCUGUAGUAGCCCUCCUUGCUACUCGUGGAGGGAGGUAAGAGCUUGCAGAUGGGACUGGCCAGUGGACCCCAGGCUUGCUCCAUGCGCGUGCAUCUGGGAACGACACAGGGACUGCGGUUGCUCAAGGCAAUGGUAUCCUCCAGAGUUGCCACCGCAUCCCUUCAACGGCAGCGCCGUCUCGCAGCUCCUGCCAACUAAGGUCAGGGGUCAGCGGUACUACACAGAGGCCCGAUAUGUGUCGGAGGAGCAUUACUGGGACUGUGUAAGUGAGAACUAUCACAGAGGCGUACAUUCCCAAGAACCUGACUUUGACAACCUGGACGCACCUGCUUACAAUGGACAUUGUGAAAGAAGACAUGUCAGAUUUCAGGGACACGAUGACGAAAUCAGUUGCGACAGCCAGGACACUGAUGGGGCAACCAGUCCCGCAAAGACGCAUUGUAAUGGGUCCCCAGCCUUCUUUUCCACAGAGGUGCCCCAAAGCAAGUUCAGGAGCUCCAGGACAUCGGCUCCCAGGCCGUCAGCGAGCAGACCCUGGGGAGAAGAAGAGGCAGAGAUGGGUCAAAAAGGGAGGCUGGGGGAUGGUGGAGAUGAGGACAGCAGGAGGAAACAGAGGAAAAGCCAAGGAACCGUGCGGGAGCAGAUCAAACAAGUGGUCACGGAGUUGGAAGACGUACUUGGGGGUCUAAAGCAGGUCCAGUUGGAGAUGAAAGAGGUGGUCCAACAGAUUGACAUCCUGACCUCCAACAUAGACCUGGGUGGUGAGGAGCAGAGGCCAUGCAACGGUCCGCUGCAGGAUCCCAGACACCAGGGCAACCGCUUUGGAGUGGUGGCACUCGUACAUAACUCAAACGGAGAUAUGAUGGAAUCAACGACAAGAGACAAGAGCUCUCGGCCAGGUCAGGUCAAGUCGCGGACUGCGCAUUCCUCGUCGGACCACAGCAUAGCUUCUGUGGCCGCGAUGGCUGCUUCUCAUGCCAACAGCCGCACCGCCACAAAGAACCACACAAACCCGUCGUCUCCUGUCCACACUACAUUUGCUGUUGAGUCUGCCGGCUGCAGAGGAAUGAAUCACACGUCUGCAACAGAAUCGCAGAGGACUAAGAGUUCCGCCAAUGGAGACUGCCUGCGAGCCAGACCUCCCAGAGUCAGAGUCAAAGAUCUCCAGAACCAAAGAUCUAGACUGGAUUACAUGCUCCCCUCAAAGCUUAGCUCUAUUCCUGAACCCUCAUUUCCUCUGACACCCAUUGGCCUCUCAAAGACCCAGAAACCCCCACCGUACCCCCAGAACGGACAAGCCAAAAUGCCCAAUCAGGAUGUAAGCCAUUCUUCAAACGGGCUCAAGACACCUCCGUACUGUGGAAAACAAAAACAGCUAACGUCCACCAUGGUGUAAAUAGAGGGACGGGGUGAGACAGGGGUCCCGCUGCCUCAGAGCUCUGUCUGUCUGUCAGUCUGUCUGCAGUCCUGAGGACAGCACACACCCACACAUACCCAUAAACAACCUCAACCAGAUUUUUUUUCCCAAGCGUCCACGCGAUUAGGUAACUCAGGGGAUGGAUGGACGCCACUUAGUGGAGCUGCUGCUACCAGCAAGAUGAGGACGUCUUACUACUGGACAAGAAAGCAGUUCCAGUGGAAAGUUCCAGAAACAGCUCAGUUUUUGCCUUUUUCCUCUCUCUCUCUCUCUCUCUCUCUCUCUCUCUCUCUCUCUCUUUCCUCUCUCUUUCUCUUUCUAUCUCUCUAUUUAUCUAUCUACUCAAGCCUGACUGCACUGUGUCCACCUACAGAACAAAGCUGCCCUUUCUAGGCUCACGCAGGACCUACCUGUGACCUGCUCUCUGAAUUUUUACCUUUUAAAGGUAAAAAUCUACAGAUGAAUAAGCUGCUCCUUGUUUGGGAAGAAAGUCCAGAUUGAGUUCUGGCACCCAGAUAUUAUUAUCUAUUAUGCAACUAUUGUUAUGAUGACUGUGAGAGGACUGCUACGCUGACCAAAAAAGAAAAAACGAAUCAAGAAAAAAAUCAACUUUGUUUAAAAUGUUUUAAUAUUCCUUUUAUCACUGCUGAAAUGAACAAUGUCCGGCGGGGAAACAAUCAAUGUAAAAACUGAAGCCAUGUGAUACAAAGAAGUCUACAGUAUACAGUAUAAUCAGCCUGUGUGUUCUGUGGUCCAGAGUGAAGCGUAAUAAAGCUAUAAGUGUUUAUUCCUCUGGACCUCUGGAUUUCAACUCAUUAACUUUGUUAUACUGGAUUAUUUUAAGCAGCAUUCAUAGCCACUAUAAGCCAUUUGUACAGUAUAGACUGUAUGUAUGUGGGUCCUUAUCAGAAUAAUGAGUGCCUUUUAGUGUCUCUACUUAACUUUAAAUAAUGAUUUAUUAUAUUUAUAGGACUUCAGAUUUUCCCAGCUUAAUCACUUCAUAUCUUCACUUUUUAUCUCAUGUCAUUAAUGUGUCUGUGCACCCUGCCAUUGGAAAGCUGCGUGAGAGGGUGGACAGUGACAGGGUGGACAGUCACAGUGUGGACUUUGACGGGGUAGUCAGUGAAGGGGUGGAUAGUGACAGGGUGGACAGUAACAGGACUAUGAAAGGAUGGACAAUGACAGGGUGGACAGUAACAGGGUGAACAGUGACAGGGUGGACAGUAACAGGGUGGACAGUGACAGGGUGGACAGUGACAGGAUGGACAGUGACUGGAUUGGCAAUUUAACUCAUGGUUGACCUCGAGUGGCAGGCAUAUUAAUUUGUUCAUGUUUAUGGUCACUUUUUUCCCCCUGUCAUGUAUGUUUCUGUCCACCCUGUCAUGGUAAGCUGCAGGAAAGGACAAUGACAGGGUGGACAAUUUUAGCUUUUAAUGAAAACAUGGUUGACCUAGAGUUGCAAACAUUUUACUGCGACAGGAUGGACAACAUUACACAACAUUUACAUGAGCUCAAAAGAGACUAAUAUAUUUUAUUGCAAUAUUUUUAUGCAAAAUUAAUAUUAUUCAUUGCUGAACUUGCAGCUUUUAGUAUUUAGCCCCUCUGAAAAUUAAAGAGUGUAAUAUUUGUGAUGUUACUGUUGUCAAAGGAAAGGUUACUCUCCUAAAGGGGCGGAGUUAUCCGAGGAUCCCAGGAUGACAGGGUGGACAUAUUUAGUGUUUAAUGAAUACAUGGUUGACCUAGAGUGACAGACAUGAUGAAUUGUUCAUUCAGUUUAUUUUUUUAUUUUUAUUUCCUGUCAUACAUACGUCUGUCCAUCCUGUCAUGGUAAGCUGUGUAACAGGGUGGACAGUUUUAGUGUUUAGUAAAAAGGUGGUUGACCUAAAAUAUAUAAAUGCUAUAAUUUAAUGCAAUAUUUUUUAUAUGCAAAAUUAUUACUAUUCAUUGCUGAACAUGCAGCUUUCAGUUUAAAGGGGCGAGGUUAUCCCAGGAUGACAGGGUGGACAGGGAACUCUUGGACCCAUUUAAAUAAUUUACUGAAUAAAUGAAAUGACUAAAAUGUAAAUGUAUUUGUUUAAAAAUUGUUAUUUGACCAAUUAAAAUACAUUUUCAACUUAGCCAGGCAGCACUGCAGUCAUGCACUCAAAAAGCCACCCUCAUCACCGAAGAAAAGUGUGUAAAAUCUACAAAAAGUACUAUAAAGUAAUGUUUAACAUUCCUGUUCUUGAGUGUUCAGACACAAAAGGCACAUUAUUCUGAUAUUGGCCCAUUUAAGUAGUAACAGCAUUGACACGUUGUGGUCAGAAGAGGGCGCUUUAGGCUACUGAAAGAUGCAAAAGACUUAAUGACUCAAGAAUGUGUAAUGAAGCUCACCGGAAAUAAAAAAUGGGAACAUUAUAAAGCA